AGAGAAACAUCAGAUUCUUCAAAGAAGAUUAAACGCAAGCAAUACAUUGUGUGUGAGAAACGAACGCUAUGAUUUCUUAGCGUGCACGAAAAUAGCAUCGUUUGGUUCCAGAUUUAAGCGAGAUUGUCGGAGACGAGUCACUGUGCAAAUAGCUAUUUUAUUUUAUUAUAUAAGAAGUUUUGCAACACAACGCGCCGCAAAAUAUCCAAAUCCCCUACUCUCUCGUGUUUACUUUCUCAAUGCGUUUUAACACAGUAUUUUUGCUCUCCGCCCGAGCGUAUAUAUUUGAGAGUUUAAUUUUUGCCUCGCGCCCACAUUUACUCGUCUCUCUAACUAAAUAAUAUAAUAACAAACUUGACUCAAACCUCUUCCAAGGUGUGUGAAUCGUUUCUCUAAACUCUCGGGCGGUCGUUUGACGCAUCGGGAAGCGUCGAAGAUGGAGACCCCCGUCAACAACAACGGGACAGCGUCCGUCAUAAUCAACAACCAGAAGGAGCGCGAGGACAUUUGGAUGAACGAGAUCGACAACGACGGUAGCAUAUCUUCCGAGGACAGUUCGGAUUCCGUUUAUUGCCACAUACGAUCGGCACCGAUGACGCAGGAACAACCCUGGGGCAAGGACGAGGUCGAGAUCGCGCUGUCCAAUCUACCGGGUGGCGAAACCGCUUUGUCUCUGAUCUCCGCUCUUCAGGGCGGCGCUUUGCAAACAGCUCUGGAGGAAUUUCACUGUUUAACUCUCAACACGGGCUGCGGGCAUCGCAAACUCUCGUUGCCCACAUUCGCAAACGGAUUCAUGCGAAAAGCUUUGUUGGACAGUGAAAACGGAGCAGCGGCCGCCGCGACUCCGGGCCAGUUGCUUGCGGGUUGGCCGGACACGUGUCUGUUGAUUUCCAGCUGGUUGGGUCGCGUAGAAAUCGCGAAGGCUUUGUUGGACAAAGGAGCGCCGGUCUCAACGACCGAUUGCGAUGGAAGAACGGCGUUACAUCUGGCAGCUUGCGCCGCGUCCGUGAGAAUUGUGGAGGAACUACUGAAGCACGGCGCUGAUCCGUGCAAGUGGGACUUCGAGAAGAAGUGCACCCCGCUGCACUGCGCCGCCGCAGCAAGUUGCGUUGUCACCAUCAAGUGUCUGAUCAAAUCAGGCGCGGAUAUAAAUGCCGGAUUGACCGGUAGAAGUCCGCUUCACUACGCCGUGCUGAACAACGCCGCGGAUUGUGUCGAGGCUCUACUGCAAGCAGGUGCUUGUCCCAAUAAUCCACAGGUUUACACAGAGACACCGCUUCAUGUGGCAGCUAGUCUAGGCAACGUCCAUUGCACCAAAUUGCUACUUAGUUACGGAGCGGACGUGAGGGUACAGUUGGGCACCGCGAGAUCAACGCCUCUGCAUCUCGCGGCGGAGGAAGGUAGCGCGGAGUGCGCCAGAUUGUUGGUGAACGCUGGCGCGGCUUGCGAAGCGAAGAACUCGCGUGGUCAAACGCCAAUGCACAUGGCAACACUCGCCCAAUCUGUGGAAACAAUAGACGUGUUGAUAAAAGCCGGUGCGGAAGUAAACGCGGCGGAUAACGACGGACGCACCCCUUUGCACGCCGCGGUCGCAAAAGCUCUGAGAUGCAACGAGCUCGUCAGAACUUUAAUACAGGCAGGUGCCGCAGUCAAUAAGGCGGACAAGUUUGGUUACACGCCGUUGCACAUCGCGGCCUUGAAUGAGAGCUCGCCGACGGUGGUGAUACUGAUGUCAAAGGGUGCCGAUAUUACCGCGCGCACUAAAGGCGGCAUCACCGCCUUGAGUUUCAUCAUACGCCGCACACCGGACGUCUUGUCGCGCUUCGUAACACGUCUCGAUCAGGCAAUCUCGCUGCACGAUCACGAGUUGGGCGACGUGGACUGCGAACUACGACUGGACUUCCGACCGUUAGUUCCGGGUGGUCGCGGCGAAAUGGAUCUGAUGCUCUGUUUGGUGGAAGGCGGUCAAGGCCAUGUACUGAAACAUCCGCUCUUAGAGAGUUUUCUUUACCUCAAAUGGCUUCGUAUACGCAAAUUUUUUCUGCUGAGUUUGUUCUAUCACUCAAUAUUCGUCGCUAUAUUCAGCAGUUACAUCGGCGCGACGUAUAGAUGGCAGAUAAAGCAGCUUAGCAACACUCUUGUAUGGCCAGUGUUCUGCUGCACUUGCGUAAUGGCGUGUAAGGAACUAUUCCAGCUCGCUCACGGUAUCUAUAGCUACGCCAAACGUUGGGAGAACUGGCUGCAGUGGAGCGUGAUUUUGACGUCUGGCAUCAGCUUAAUUCCGUUGUCGGUUCAAACGACUUGGCAGCAUCACGUAGCCGCACUGGGCAUCCUCUUAGCUUGGGUCGAGCUUAUGAUGGUGGUCGGUCGCUUCCCCAUGUUCGGCAUCUACAUACAAAUGUUCACUCAAGUGUCGAUUAAUUUCUUCAAAUUUCUCGCAGCUUACGUCUGUCUCAUAGUUGGUUUUUCCUUUGGAUUCAGUGUGCUGCACAAAAAUUACAAAUCCUUUGAAAAUCCGUUAGUCGCUCUAAUCAAGACGGUGAUCAUGAUGUCGGGCGAGUUAGAAUUCGAGGAUGUUUUUUUUGACAAGAGCGAGAAGUUGAUGUAUCCCGGCACGGCGCAUCUCAUGCUCCUCAGUUUCGUCAUCUUGGUUACGGUAAUUCUCACGAAUCUGAUGGUAGGUCUCGCCGUGUCGGAUAUCCAGGAGUUGCGCAGAUGCGCCGGGCUUGACCGACUUGUGCGUCGCGCCGAGUUGGUGGCUCAUCUCGAAAACCUGUUGUUCUCCAAGCUUUUGGAUCGUAUUCACACGGUCAGAAGGAUCGUGAAAGCGUGCAGAAAAGGUGCGCUACUGUUGCAUCCGCCGUAUCACUGCGCGUUACACAUCCGACCAAAUGAUCCGCGCGAGAAGCGUCUGCCGCGCGAGCUCGUUAAAGCAAUAUACCGACUGGUUAGCGAGAGGAAAACUCGUCGCGCGACCUUCCGAACGACCGCGCCACCACCGCGAAAUCUGGCGAACGAAUCGACUCACGCAAGACUCAGUAGAAUGUACAGCAACGACAGCAAUCAGCAGCAGCUGAACGAACUGGCGGCCGAGUUGAAAAGAUGUUCGUACAACAUCAGCGCGAAACUCGACAGUUUGACCGACAAAAUAGAAAGUAUCACCAGAGAUGUGGAUACGACGACGCAUUUGCGUUAAGUUUUUUCAUGCCUAGGGUAAUUUCUCUUUUGUAUCUCGU